AAAAGAUGGCAUAGGCUACAGCACAACAUAAUAUUAUCAUGUCAAUUGUCUAUGAUUAAAUGAUGCAUCUUUGGAAACCCAUCCGCUACGCAGACUGCGGAUAUCCACCAACUUGUCCCUCAUGACUGUCGCAGCCUGACCGCGGGCGUUUCAUAUAGCGCCUCCUUCAGACACACAGCGCCCGCUACAGUCCCAUCUUGAACAAAGGACAGUUCCAGAUGCCCCGCUGGUAUUGCGGUUAACUCUACUGUCCUUUGAGGCGCACGGAUGGUCUGCGGUUUUGCAAAUGAUUCCAAACAGGCUGCGAAAACGCUCUUCUUACUCGAGCCAGCCUGGAUGAGCUUAAUUUCGGUUCCCGUCUCCAGUCUCCUGUUACAGUGAAACGGCUUUUGAGCCAUGCUAGGCCUGAACCGAAAGAAUUGAUUCCAUCCCAUGUUUAUGUCGUGGGCGUUUUACGGCCACGGAGGGCAUAGGGGCGAUGCCUCCUCGUCUUGAAUAUGAUUCCAAGCCGCUCCGACGAGUAGCAGAAUGUAUGAGGAAUCAACGAGGCUGUUUUUAAGGUUGAUUGAACAGAGAGAUACAGUUGAAGCUUGUAUAAAGACAAGUGGAAAUCCUGUUUGAAUCACAGAAUAAACCAUCUCAUCCACCUUCACACAAACACACACUCUCUUCUUGAUAACCUUAAUCUCUCGUUCAAACACACACUCUUUUUUUUUCAACUUACACCGACCACAUACAAAGGCAAACACACAGCCAACACUCAUCACAUCACAAUGCCUUCUCCUUCGGCAUCAGCCACUCUCUGCCUGGGCCUCUUGGCUGCUUCUGGCCUUGUCAGCGCCAUGCCCAACAUGCCCAACAUGCAGCCUCCAGCUCCAGCCACAGUCACCGUCACUGUCUCUGCGAAUGGUUGUGCCCCAAGUGGUGCACCUGCACCUGCUGCACCCCCCAAGGUCGUCAAGGUCGACAAUAAUGCUCUCGCCAAGAACGCUACCCUCAAGGUCGGCAAGGCCAUCUAUCUUAUUACAAACGGCGAGCGCAACUCGGUCGUGGCCCUGCGCAUUCUCCCCGACGGUACCCUGUCUGGCGGUUCCUCUACUCCUAGUGGUCAAAAGGGCGGUACUGGCACCGAUGGAAGCACCAAGAAGCCUGCGGCCAAGGAUGGUCUGUUUAGUCAAUCUGCUCUGACUAUUGCUGGCAACAAUCUCUUUGCUGUCAAUGCUGGCUCCAACACAGUCUCCAUGUUCAACAUUGACCCCAACGAUGUUGGCCGUCUUACACAGGUUGGACGUCCCGUCUCCGUUCCUGGAGACUUCCCCAACACCAUUGCUGCCACCAGCGCCGGCCAAAUCGUCUGUGUUGGCAUGACUGGCGCCAAGGCUGGUAUUUCGUGCGCCAACUUUGGCCGAAAGGGUGUCGGACGCAUGGACAACCUCCGCAAGUUUGAUCUCAACCAGACUAACCCGCCUGUUGGUCCUACCAAUACCGUUUCCCAGCUCUUUUUCAGUGGAAAGCACCUCUUUGCUACUGUCAAGGGUGAUCCUGAGAAGAAGAACCUCGGCUUCCUCGAUGCUUUUGAGAUCCAGAACCGCGAUGUCAAGAGAAACUCCAUGUACCCUGGUGCUUACUCUGGUGCUUACCCUGAUGCUUCCAAGGCCAAGGAUGCGGACGCAGACAAGGCCAAGGAGGAAGCUGACAAGAAAGCCAAGGAAGAGGCCGAGAAGAACAAGGACGAACAAGAUAAGAAGAACAAGGAAGAGCAAGACAAGAAGAACAAGGAAGAGCAAGAUAAGAAGAACAAGGAGGAACAGGAUAAGAAGAACAAAGAAGAGCAAGACAAGAAGAAGAAGGAAGAGGACGAUAAGAAGAAGAAGGAAGAGGACGAUAAGAAGAAGAAGGAGGAAGAAGACAAGAAGAAAAAGGAGGAAGAAGACAAGAAGAAAAAGGACGGCAACAAAAACAAGGGCAAAAAGCUCAACCUCGCCAAGAAGCUCUCCACCACCGAAAUCAAGAGCGUCAUUAACGGCACCGCUGUUCUCUUUGGCGCCGCCCCGAUCCCCGGAACAGGCGACAUCUUUGCCACCGACGCAUCCUUUGGCGCCGUCAUCCUCGGCACCAACGGCGAAGGCCGCGCCACGCUCAAGCACAGCACCAAGAUUGACAAGCAAAAGGCUACCUGCUGGGUCACCAUCUCGGGCGUCACCAGAACCGCCUUUGUCACAGAUGUUGCUGCUGCCCGUAUUGUCGAGAUGAGCGUCACAGACGGCAAGGUCCUCGGCGAGAUUGACGUCACGAGCACCAACGCCACUGGUCUGAUUGAUCUCAAGGCUGCCGGUGGUUUCCUGUACGCCCUUGCUCCUGGUGAUGGCAAGAUUCCUAGCCAGGUCAUUGUUGUGGAUGUCAAGGGCGGUGCUAAGGGUGCCAAGAUUGUUCAAAAGGUCGACUUGGGCAUCUUUGGUGGUGUCAACACUAUCCAGGGCAUGGCUAUCUUGCAGUAAAGCCGUGGAAGCUUAACUAACUGCCUUUACACUCGUUUCUUGACUUGGCGUCAUUACAUCAACACUCGUUCUCGACUUAUUGUCAUUGCAUCAACACUCUUUUGGUUAUGAUUUUUUGGGGAACGGAAAAUGGCGUUUUUGGAGAGGGCGUAUUUUAUUCUUUUUUGGGACAGCUACACCUGGAGUGUGCGUUUUUUCUCUUUUAUUCUCUUUUGUUGACAUCAUUAGCACAGCGUUUGGCGUUUUCUAUUUUUGGUAGUAUCUUUCAUUGUUGGCAGCCACUUAUUUAGUGAAUUAUAACAAACUUGUACAGAGUACAAGGCAGUUCUUCUUUAAAAAGUUUUCACGAUUUUCCGUUUAAUCAGCUUGAGUUUACCACAAGUUUCAAUCGAAAUCAUCGGGCAGCUCGCCCCCUCGUAGGAACGGAUGCAUGUAGGCUUGUAGUGGUUUUAGUCUUUCUUCAGGAGUCCACCGUACCAAACACUGAAUAAAGUUGAGAAACAGCUCCUUAUCUUCGCCGUCUCAAGUGGUGGCUAGAGACUCGAACGUUCGUUCGGAGGGAAGACUGGCCAGCCCGGUCG